CUCAUCUCUGUUGGAAGAUGGUUUUGCUGGAGAGUGAGCAGUUUCUGAGUGAGCUGUCACGGUUAUUUCAGAAAUGCCAGACAUCGGGAAGUGUUUAUAUAACAUUGAAGAAAUAUGAUGGCCGAACAAAGCCAAUUCCACGCAAGGGCCACCCAGAUAACUUUGAGCCAGCUGACAAUAAGUGUCUUUUGAGAGCUACAGACGGAAAGAGAAAAAUAAGUACAGUGGUCAGCUCAAAAGAUGUGAACAAAUUCCAAAUGUCUUAUUCUAACCUUCUCAGAGCAAACAUGGACGGACUGAAAAAGAAAGACAAGAAAAGCAAAAACAGGAAGAGUAGUGCAGCACAAGGAUUCAUUCGGACUUGUGUACAAUCCUUAACGCUUGCUGUUUGCCUCAUGGGCUUCAGUCACGGCUAUUGUUUGACUUGAAUCCAUACUUGCUGCCUGUAUAAUGUGUUCAUUUUAUAAGAUAGCUUCUCCAUACCCCUGACAUUUUGUUUCUACAUCUGGUCAGGGUGCUAAAUUGGGUAUUUAAACGUUCACUCGG